AUGGGCACUAAGGUGCAUCUGAGUACAGCUUAUCAUCCGCAGACAGAUGGUCAGUCAGAGAGGACUAUUCAGACUUUGGAGGAUUUGCUGAGGAUGUGUGUGUUGGAUUGGGGUGGCCAUUGGGCAGAUCACCUGAGCUUAGUUGAGUUUGCAUACAACAACAGCUUUCAGGCGAGUAUUGGCAUGGCUCCAUUUGAGGCUUUGUAUGGGAGGCCAUGUAGGACACCCCUAUGCUGGACCCAAGUGGGGGAGCGCAGCAUGUAUGGAGCUACUUAUGUUCAGGAGACGACAGAGAAGGUUCGUGUUGUGAGGCUGAACAUGAAGGAGGCUCAGGAUAGGCAGAAGAGUUAUGCAGAUAGACGCAGACGAGAGCUUGAGUUUCAGGUGGGAGAUAGAGUUUAUCUCAAGAUGGCUAUGUUGAGGGGUCCUAACAGAUCCAUAGCAGAGAACAAGCUGAGUCCGCGAUUUAUGGGUCCGUUUCCAGUAGUGGAGCGAGUUGGGCCAUUGGCUUACAGGCUGGAGUUGCCUGAGAUUAUGAAAGCCUUUCACAAGGUUUUUCAUGUGUCGAUGCUGAGGAAGUGUCUUCACCCUACAGAGGAGUUAGUGGCUAGGAUUCCAGAGGAUCUUCAGCCAGAUUUGACAGUGCCGGCAGUGCCUGUGAGGAUUUUAGAGAGGAGGGAAAAGGUUCUGAGGAACAAGAGGAUUCCCUUACUGAGGAUUUUGUGGGAUUGCAGUGGUUCUACAGAGGAGACUUGGGAGCCAGAGGCAAAGAUGAAGUUGAAGUUCAGGAAGUGGUUCGACAAGCAGGUCGAGGAGUGA